GACUCCCUUCAGGUCAGGCAUCAAGAUGCUGGACAGAGCAGUCUGUACUCUGAGGAAGCCAUUAACAAUAGAAACAUCAAUGCCAAUACUCACAUUGCCUUCUCCACGUCCGGCAGUGAAGAUGACCCCCACAAUAACCAAACUGGGAAACUCGACUUGAAUCCAUUGAUGCAACUGGUCCGCCUCUAUAAGCUCUGGACACCAAGCCUCACCACUCGAAUGCUCCUCGUCUCCGUAGACAUCACUAGGCCAAUCUCCUCUCCACAUGAGGAGACAAGGACAUUAAACCCAUCUGUAAUGGGGGAAAUCCAACGUGAAGUAACACAAUCUGAACGAGCUUUAUGUGCAGCCCGUUUCUAUGCCGGCCACCUCGUGAAUUCCAAAUGCAGCAACAUGCGAAUGUGCAGUGACAUAUGUUCUAGCACUGCACCCGACCGAGGCUGA